AUGAAGAUGUCAAAACUCUCCAAUCAGACCAACUCGCAGGACCCGCAGGCGGUCAACUCGAGAGUUUUCGUCGGCAAUCUGAAUACAUUUCAGUGCUCGAAAACGGACGUGGAGCGGAUGUUCCAGCGCUACGGACGGCUGGCAGGAAUCUCCAUGCACAAGGGAUACGCGUUCGUGCAGUUUACGAAUCCUUUCGACGCGCGGAACGCCUGCCACGGCGAGGAUGGUCGAACGGUGCUCAGUCAAACGUUGGACGUGAAUAUGGUUGCGGAACCGAAACCCCACCAGACCGGAAGAAAGCGACAAAACAAAUCCAAAACGGGAAAUGACUGGGACUACUACUACGAUAGUUACUACGCUUCGACACUGUUCGGGCCACUGCAGCAGCAGCCCAACUCGCAGCCGCGGCCACUGAAGCGCCAGCGGCUGAUGGCGCCGAGCCGCAUGGGCAUGCAGAACAAGCUAAACGGAGCCGGGCCGGGAAUCCUCAGCCACGGCCACAGCCAGCAGCAGCAACAGCAGCAACAGCAAGUGCAACAGCAGCAGCAAGUACUGUCGCAGCAAGUGCAACAGCAACAGCUACAGCUCGCCGCGCACACGCAGCAACUGCAGCAGCAGCUAGUGUCCGCUGCCGGCAGCCCCGUAUCGGCUGCUUCCUGCAACGGGCUCUACUACGGCGGUGCCGGAAGUGGUGUGGCGAACGGGAUCGGGUCAAGCAACGGGGUCACCCUGACACCGAACGGGUGCAUCGGCACCAAUGGCUACAUCAACAACAACUGCAUCAUGAACGGGGCCGAGAUGGCCGGCGUAACGACGGCCGCCGCCGCGUGUAGCAGUAUGUCGAACUACACCAACGGCCAGCACGUCGUUGGACCGUUCAAAACCUACAGUAAUCCGGACACACUGAUCUGCGGCAACUGCCGGGAGCUGUUCACCGACCUGACCGAGCUGCUGGACCACAAGCGCAGCUACUGCAAGCUAAGAUUCACCUGCAAGUGUCUCACCUCCUCGCCGGUGCAGAAAGUUUAUCCUGUGCCGUCGGCGAAGUUGCUCUGUGUCGCGUGCAAGGACUCGUUCUCCAAUCCAUGGGAUCUGAUGGUCCACGCCCAGGCUGCCCACAUGGUCAACAUCUACGAGCUGGGCGAAGGGUCCGGCGAGGACAAGGCGGCACCCACGGACCGGACCGCCAACAGCACCCCGACACCGAUGCCUUCGUCGCCCCCGGUACUGGAGGUGAGCAAAGCCGUUAGCCAGGUCGGAGUGACCGCCCUGGGUAACGGUGUGGCGCACGACCUGGAGCACGAGCACGGAGAGGACACUCGGUCGCAGCCGACGGCUAGCUCGCCGGAACUGCAGGUAGCUGGCUCGCACGAGGAUAUCUGCUUGCUGAACGAGGUCAGCAAGCCGGAAGCGGCUGGUCCCGGCGCGCUAGGCAAUGGGUUCGGUGUGGCUACGGUCGGCGACGUGAAGGACACCACGCCGCCACCACCACCACCACCAGCAGCACCCCAACGGGCAUGCAUAAUGACGGCCGUCAGUAUAGACACGAAGGCGCAGGGUCCCGGUGCCGCGGUGGCACUGAAAAUGGUGUCAUCUUCGAUGGGCUUGGCGCUCGCUGGCGGUGCUGCCGUGGCGACCGUCACGCAGUAA